AUGGCGGUGCAACUUGGACCCAAUCUGACGAAUGCCGUGGAGGGACUGGUGGCGUACAUGGCCCACGCAUACGCUUUGAUGGGCCAGGUGUACGCCAGCGCCUUCACCCAGGCGCGCGAUUGGUCCGACCCAAUGCAAAACUUAUUCCGACAGGUGUGCUGGGCCCUGAUGUGCAUGGCCUCCUGUUCCCGCGACUACGUCAAGCUCGCCAACGCCGAGGAAACUGGGUGGUCAGACAUAGUGGGAGAGUGCAUGAGCAAGGCCGCCAGCUUCACGUACGGCAUCCUCGGAGCAAGGCGUGCUGACCAGUCCACCGAGCUCAUGUCGGCCUUCCUCGUCGACUUCCACGACGACGAAAGGUCCCGUGGAAGCGCUCCGUCCAGCUCUUGGUCCUGGAUGGGGUCAUUCCUCGUGUGGCUCACAAGCGACUUGCUGUCCCGAUCGAGCUUCGCGUCCGCCAUCUGCGCCGCCGUGGCAAAGGGCCGCGCCGAGGGCAAACACAUUUUCCAGGUGCUCGUGUUCUCCCUCCAACAUCCUGUGUACGUCGACGUGACGCCCAAAGCAGUGGUGCACUCGAAGCGCUAUGCCAUGUGGACCCAACCCGCAGACGGCCAAGUCUCGUACCUCCAGAAGACCCGCUGCUCCAAGACCCUGAGGAAGUGA